GUUGUCAACGUGACCGUCAUGAAGUAACGUUAACUGGGGGACAGAACAGAACAAGCGGAGCAGAUCCGUCAGUCGGUUAGUGUCCGGGGGAAGGAGGCAGACUGAGCGUCGGAAAAGAGGAAAAAUGGGAAUAACUCCCCGUAGAUGUGCUUUGUUCCGGUCCACAUCCACGGUGUAGACUCGGAGAACCAACCGUACACCGUGUCUGGUUCUCCGGCUGACAGCGGAUCCGCCGCAGCUAGCUGGGUUAGCAGCCCGCCGUCACCGUGAGGCUCCCGACCGACCGGGCGGGCGGCAGAGGAGAGCUGAGGGGGGGCUGUGACAAAGGAAGGAGCCAUGAACCGCUUCAGAAAGUGGCUCUAUAAACCCAAGAGGACGGACCCGCAGCUUCUGGCCCAGUUCUACUAUGCCGACGAAGAGCUCAACCAGGUGGCCACUGAGCUGGACAGCCUGGACGGCAGGAAGGACCCUCAGAGAUGCACGCUGCUGGUCAACCAGUUCCGGUCCUGCCAGGACAACGUGUUGAACAUCAUCAGCCAGAUCAUGGAUGAAUGUAUCCCCAACGACCGCGCCAACAGAGACUUCUGCGUCAAAUUCCCCGAGGAGAUUCGCCAUGACAACUUGGCGGGACAGCUGUGGUUCGGAGCUGAGUGUUUGGCUGCAGGCUCCAUCAUCAUGAACAGGGAGAUAGAGAGCAUCGCCAUGAGACCCCUGGCGAAAGACCUGACGCGCAGCCUGGAGGAGGUGCGUAGCAUCACCAGAGACCAGGCCCUGCGAGACCUCAACUACUACACAGACCGCAUGAAGGACGCUUUACGACAUUUCGACAGCCUUUUCGCUGAGUUUGAGCUCAGCUACGUGUCAGCCAUGGUGCCUGUGAAAAGUCCCAAAGAAUACGACGUGCAGCAGGAGGUGAUUGUCCUCUUCUGUGAAACUGUUGAACGGGCACUCAGGCUGGGCUACCUCACCCAGGACAUGAUCGAUGACUACGAACCUGCUCUGAUGUUUACCAUUCCCAGACUGGCCAUUGUUUGUGGGCUGGUCGUUUAUCCUGAGGGACCUCUUAACCUCGACCGGAAAUCUGAGGACAUGUCGGAGCUCUUCAGGCCUUUUCGCACUUUAUUGAAGAAAAUCAGAGAUCUCCUGAAGACUCUGACUGAGGAGGAGCUGCUGAGUCUGGAGAAGAACCUGUGCAUCUCCCAGGACGGGGAGUUGGCCUCAAACGGCAUCCCGGUUCCGGUCCAGGAGAACCCGUCUUCCCACAGCCUCGCCAACGACGCCUCCAACGGGCAGGGCAGCGGGGAAGAAGACCCGCUCCCCGUGUUCGUCUCCCCUGAUCAGGACAAGGAGUUGGCGGAGGUGGAGAGCUGCUGGGAGGAGGUGGAAACCCAAAACGGCGAGGAGGAGCCGGAGCAGGGCCUGCUGUGUGAGGAGGCGGAGGAGGCGGAGCUGGCCUGCUCCAUGCAGUACGACGAGGAGGAGCUGGAGCAGCUCAACAUGAUGGUGUACAGGGUGGGGGACGAAAUGUCCACGCUGCUGUCCCCGCCCAGCCAGGGCCAGUCCCCGGCCCGUCGGCCCAGCAGGGGGGAGCCCGCCGGCUCCAGCGGGGCCUCCAGCACGCAGGCAUCGCCACGCAGGAUGGCGGCGAACCGAAUCAGAACCGGCGUCUACGUGGAGGAGGAGGAUCGGGUUUUCUUCAUGGAGGACGUCGACGCGGCAGGAGACGGCAGCUGCAUCGUGUCUCCUAAAGCCCUGCCUAAAGGAUCGACGCCUCCACUGCAGCAGAAACCCGGACCCGGUUCUGGUAUCAACGGAUGGAGCUCUGCGACUACGUCAGAGCAGCCCUGUCCCACGGCAAAACGCCCCCUCUGCUCCCACGUCCCCCGCAAUGAGCCGCUGCCUUACAGCAACGGCUGGGACAGGGGGUUAGAAGGCACUGCGUCGGAAACGGCGGAGGUCAUCGCCCACCGCAUGGGCGGGAUGAAGCUGUCGGCCACCGUCAUCUUCAACCCGCGCUCACCCAGCCUGACUGAGCUGGCUGUGGACAAGCUGCUGCUGCCCCGGCCCGCUGCAUCUGAGAUCGAGCCCUGCGGCCCCCUAGUGGCCACUCACUGUCUGCUGAACUCCUGCGUGUGCUGCGGGAGCUGCGAGGACGCUCAUGAAGACGGCGGCGUCGCCUCGGAUACCGCCGGCUUGGAGCUGGGCCUGGCUCUGGGUCUGGACAAACACUGCAAGAGGCCGGCGUCCAGCGCCGUCAUCCAGUCCGCCGCCUGCCAGCUGCCGCCGCGCGCCCACCAGCGGUUCGCUAAGGGCGAGCUCGCCCAGCAGACUUCCCCGUCCGCCCGCUGCCCUGGGGAUCUGCCAGCGGAGCGCUCAGAUUCGCUGCUCUGUGACAAGUGCUUGGUGGCUCCAGGUCGGGGCUCCAGAGGAGGCCAGGGAGUGUCAACGUUCAGCCGCCAACUGAGCCACGACAGGAGGCAGCAAGCCGGCGAAGCCCAGCAGCGAGAGAACAACCUGGACAACGACAGGAUAGACAAUAAGGAGCCCAAGGAGGACAUUAGGAGAUGCUUCAGUUUUCAGAAGUCGCCCCUCAGCUCUGUGUCAGGUAGUGACUGCGACAGUGUGUCGGUCACCACAUGUAGUCUGUCGAGCAGUGCUUACACUCCAAGCCCCGUCAGCAGCCUGACUCCGAGCUCAGGGACGUCGGAGGACCUGGACCAGCAGGAGAUCAGGCUGGCGCUGCAGGACGCCAGGGUGGCAGCGAGGAGCAAGAUCCGCUCCCGGUUUCACAGCAGCAGUGACCUCAUCCACCGUCUCUUCGUUUGCAUAUCAGGCGUCGCCGAUCAGCUGCAAACCAACUACGCCAGCGACCUGCGAAGCAUCCUGAAGACUCUCUUUGAAGUAAUGGCGACGAAGUGCGAGCAAGGAGACAACAAUAAGCAAAAAAAGGUAGGCCCCGUUCUGCGCAGUGCGGUGCUGGAGGAUUGUGCUCUCUGUCAGGAAACUAUUUCUUCAUCAGAAUUGGCAGCCAAAGCCCGGGAAGGACAGUUCGAAGAUCCCCCAGACUGGGUCCCCGACGACGCCUGCAACUCCUGCAUCACCUGCAAGGCUCCCUUCACCGUCAUUCGCAGGAAGCAUCACUGUAGGAGCUGUGGAAAGAUCUUCUGCUCCCGCUGCUCAUCCCACUCGGCUCCGCUGCCGCGGUACGGCCAGGUGAAGCCCGUCCGGGUCUGCACCCACUGCUACAUGUUUCAUGUCACGCCUUUCUACAGCGACAAGCCCGCCAUCUGAUCCCAGGUCAGAACCAAAAAGCACACCGUCUGCUCCAAGAGCAUAAUAUGCAACGGACAGAUUCACUCCAUAGUGCUCCAGAUAAACCUUAAAGGUCAUGAUUGUAGUUGCUGACCUCAGCCGCAGGGAGCGGAGAGUCCAUCCCAGAACCUCGGGUCUGAUUGUAGGAAUGCCGAGGCGUCAGCAGAACUGAAAGUCCAGUCGCUCUGCAGUCUGCUUCACAGAAUCAGAACAUUUUUCUCUUCUGCAGGUGUGAAUAAUCAAGCUUCCUGUUUGCUUCUGUGAGCUUCCCACAUGUGUCCCGGUGCUGGCGCUCCAACAGAACUCAGAUCAGUAGAGCUGGGCGAUACGGCUUCAAAAUUUAAUCUGAGAUCUGGUUUCCAAUUUUUUUCUUUUCUAAAAAAUAAAUUAAUAUUUGUAUUUCAAUUAUCUGUUCUGCAAGCUGUACGACAGUAUCAGAGCCAGGCUACAAAAUAUUUUUUUAAUUAUGAGAAUAAUAUAAUGUUAGCAGAAUAAUGACACAAUUUUACCAAAAGAACAUCUUAAAAUUACAGGAAAAUACAUUUUAAUGAGAAAAGACUUCUAUUUAUCAGGAUCUGACAUGAGCACAUCAGUUUGUUGUUCUAAAUAGAAACAUUAACUUCAAAGUCCUGCUACUGAUACUAAUUUAAUGCUGACAUGUUAAAAAAUUGUAUUAUUUUCACAUCUUAAACCGAUACUAAAGUAUAACUUCACAAAAUGCUGAACAUUUUAAUUUUUGUUUCUUUUCAUGCCAGAGUUUUUAUUAAAUUACAAAUUCAUCCUUCUAAAAUGACAUCUUUAUUCUGGUAAUACUUCAACUUUAUUGUUGUACGACUCUAUUCUGGUAAUAUUAUGACCUUAAUUUUAAAUGAAAUUGUAGCCUGGCCCUAAUAUUUCAUCGUAGAGUUAAACUGAAUUCAAAAUCCAAAUAAAUAGAAGCUUUAAACAUGCUUGUCAAACAAGAUGGCCGCCCUGGCCGCGCUCACGUCUGAAUGAUAGAAACCCCAGGAACACAUUAGUAAAAAAAAUCCAGAUUUCCCAAAAAAUUAAUCUUCAAAAGCCAAGAAUCCAAUUUAUCGAUCAAAUCGAUUUAUUGCCCAUCCUUACGGGUCGGAUCAGACGAAUGUAAGUCAACCACCAUGUAAAUAAUGAUUCUAUCUACAAGCAACAGAGCCACUAAACAAACUCAGCAGGCUGAAACUGAAACACAGGUAUCUUUUGAUAUGAGCUUUGUGAGGAGUUUAGUUUUUUCUAACGUGAUGAAUGUCUAACUGUGUUUGGGAGACGAAGUCUGGAUCGUAACUUAGCAUCGAGUUUGUUGCACUGAGAAAAAACAUAAAGUCUUACCACAUAUUUUUUACUAAUUUCUAGUUCAAACAUUUUGGUACAUUUGAAGUGAGACAAAACUAACUGAAAAGUAACUUUUUAGCAAAAUAGAAGAGCUUGUUUUAAGUCAAUAAUUCCUUAAUAUUGAUGAAAAAUAAUAGAUCCAGUGGCAGAGUGUUUCACUUAAAACAUGGGAAAAUGUUUUGUUAUGAAUUAAAUAAUCUGCCAGUAGUGCUAGAACUUUUUCAUUGCUAGUAACGAAUUAUUGACUUGAAACAAACUCUUACAUCUUGCAGAAAAGCUACUUCUAAGUUACUUGAUGUAUUAUUUUACGUGUACUAAGAUAUUUGCGAUUAGGGCCGAUGAAGACUGACAGAAAAACUGAGGAGUACAUUUCCGAGAAAAAAGCUGAAACUUUGAGAUUAAUUUCAGAAUUUUUUUAAAGAAAAAAGUACUUGCAAAUUUCUUUGUUGAAAAGUUGAAAAUUAAAAAAUAAAAAAACUCAGAAAUUCUGAGAUUAAUUUUAGUAAUCUUUCUGAAAGAAACUUGAAUAUUAGUUGAAAAUUAUCUAGAAAAUAAAAUCAAAUUCUGAGAUUAAUCUCAGAAAUUUUCUACAAAAAAGCUCAGAAAUUUCAGUUUGAAAUGUCAAACAUUUUCUAUGAAAAACUCAGAAAUUUCUGCGUUUGAAAAGUUGAAAUUGGCUUAAAAAAAGUCAUGAAUUUUGGAGAUUGAUCUCAGAAUUUCUGAAUUUGUCUUGGAAAUUUACUCCUCCUCCUCUUUUCAUUUUUAUUUAUUGUACAACGUUGGCCCUGAUAUGCAGUCGGAUAUUUGCAGUAGAAACUAGACCAAAAUACUCAGUAGGAUUUUGUGAUUUUGCAGAGCAUCCCUUCACUGCGGUUAACCUUUGACCUUUUGGAGCUCAAACUCUCAGGUGCAGCCUUGCAGGAAUACAGGGCUGCCCAUCUUUCUUCACUUCCUCGUCGCUUUAUUGGUGCAAUAUUGUUGAUUGCGACGCUUCUGCACACGAUGAGACAGACCUCUGAUAUUUUGGUUGCAGACAUUUUUCUUUCAGAAACAUUUGUGUUCAAAAUAACAGCAAAAUAAAAACUAAUUCUGGUAUAAAUUAUACUAAUAAUUUACUGUGAAAUGCAGCAGAGCAAAAUAAACCAACAGACACAACAAUAGUAACACACAGAGCUGAUUAUUCUGAAUGUUAGCAGCAGGUUGUAGUGAGUUGAAAUAGUUUUAAUAAAAGUUCAUUUUAGGAAGAAAAAUGUCAAAAAAUAAAAUGAAAUUAUUCGCUGAUUGAAAUCUUUGGGCAGUUUUCAAUUUGUACCAGGAGUGUACAAUUUUUUUUUUUGUUACAUGGACCAAAACCAUUUAGUGAAAAUCCCAAUUAGUAAAAUAAAAUAAAAUAAAGCAAAGUAGACAGACUUUUAUUAUUAUUAUUAUUAUUAUUAUUAUUACAGAUCCAAAAAUGUAAAAUAAUUUUUCACAUUUGUUUUAUUAAACAAACGGCGUCCAGUUUUCAGAUUUUUUUGGGCUUGAUUAAAGAAAUUAUUCUUGUUUAUAAAAGCAAGAUUUGGGUCACUUUCUUUCUUUAAUAAAAUAAAUAAAUGCUGAUUUGGGUGCAUCAAAGUCAACUUUUCAGUAAAAGUAAAAGUGGUUCUACAUACCAGAGAAAUUUGGUCCUAAAAAUAUGAAUUAUUUGUGUUUUACUCAACAUUUAAUAAUUCAAACCUGAUUAAAAAUAAAAAGUUUAAAGAAUAAAUUUGUAUCUUUCUUGAACAGCCGUUGGGGGCCCACAAAAAAGUAGCUCAAGGCCAGAAAUGGCCCCUGAGCUGCACUUUGAACACCUCUGGCUUAUAUACAUUAAAUAUUCCUGAAUUUCUGUAAAAAAUUUACACAUUUUUCUUCAUUUUUGAUUCAUAAUAGGGCAGUAAUCCUAAUGAAUUUGCCUGUAUGGAAAUUUUAAACACAUUGCUGUUAUUUUGGACACAUUUCUGUUUUGGUAACAAUAUAAAUCAUAUGUUUUUCUGAGUAAAGAUGCUGAUUUGAACCUCCAGUUAACACUAAGGAUAAGUUUUUAAUUUGUCCGUUCUGCUCUGACCUGAAGCAGCUUCUCAGGCUUUAAUCACCCUGCGACCCUCACUGCAUCUAAAAACACACAAACUUAACUCUGAAACACUAAUUUUUUCUUUUAUAAAGAAUGCAGAUAACAUGGAACUGUAAUUACUAUGAUGUAAAGACAAGGAAUCAUGCAGUAGUGAAGAGUGGGAUAUUCUGUUAUUUUUAUUAUUAUUUCAGAGCUUUGUCUUAUUUUGUAAAGCUCUUAAUUCGUUUCCAUAAGAGCUGUGUAAAAUAUUCAACAGAUAAAUAAUGUUAUAUAGUUUUAAAUGGGAUGUAUAUUGAAAUAAAUAACUUUUCUGUUUGA